UUUUCUUUCUUUCUUUUUGUCUGUGCCUUCAGUAACAUUACAGCCUCCCUGAAGCGACAAAGCCAGCCGAUUGCAACAUUUUUUUAGACGUGUUAAUGAUAACUGUGAUAAUAAUAUCAAACGGCCAGCGUUUUCAUCCUUAUUCUAAGCGAGUAGCCACAGCCAAAUAGAUAAGCUACUGUUCGACCUGCAACUCCCUCAAAGAUUCAUUGGAUCCAGCGCUGCCAGACACUUGCCGCAGUGGUUCUUGUGCCAAACCAAGACACUUUCUGCAGCCUAAAAGAAGCGACGUUUGAGGGCCACCUGAAGGACAUCACAGUCAGGCUCAACCGCUCCUCCACCACUGUGUUCCAGCCGAUUUCAUUCUGCUGGGAAGUCCGGGAGCCGCAAAGUGACAGUCCGGGGUCCUCGGAGAAACGUCUGCCUGAUUCAACGCUGCUAAGAAAUUCAUGAUGGACAGGAAACAGCGUUGUGUGAGGCUGUCAGUAAAUCCAUCCAGAGGACUCGUGGAUGAAAAGUUCACCAUCUUGGUCCAGAAUGUCUUUCCUGGUUCCUACCUUACCAUCCACGCCCUCCACCAGAGUGAGGAAGGACACAGCUGGGAGGCGUUCGCUCACUACACCGCUAACGCCACUGGGACUGUGAACGUAUCAGAGGAUCCCAGUCUGGGCGGGACAUAUUUGGGGGUUGAACCGAUGGGUCUACUGUGGAGCCUCAGACCAGUUCCAGGCAACAAACCUGGGCUCAGGCUGAGGAAGAUGAACGUCCAGACUCCCAUGGAGGUCACAAUCUCUUUGUACCAGGGUCACCAGACUGAAGGCUUCCUGGACCAGGUGCCUCUUGCCAGUGUCGUGGUGGAGCGUUGGUACAUGGCGCCUGGUGUCCAGCGGAUCCCGAUCACAGAUUACGGACUCAGUGCUGUCCUCCACCUGCCCCCAGGACCAGGACCUUUCCCCGGCGUCCUGGAGCUGUGGGGGGGUGGAGGGAAGUUGGUGGAGUACCGUGCAGCGCUGCUGGCCUCCCACGGCUUUGCAUCCCUGGCCCUCGACUACCUGACACCUAAAAUCACCAUGGAAACAGGGAAGAUGGUGGACAAUGAGUACUUUGAGAGGGCGUACAGAGUUCUGGAGCAGCAUCCUCAAGUCCUCAGUGAUAGAAUCGCCAUUUUGGGUAUUUCCUUCGGCGCCUGUGUCGUCUUCAAAUUUGCUGUUUACUCCCAAGUUAUGAAGGUCAGGUGUGUGGUAGCUAUUAGUGGAAUUCAUGAGCAGCCGUUGGACGGGACGAUAGCGGACAUCUUAGCUCACUAUCACAAAAACGCUGCAAAAACUCGCUACAACGAGGCGAAUGAGGUGAUCUCCCGUGAUCUGAUGCUGCCCAUCACCACAGACCCUGCAUUCAAGGUGGAUGUGGGACGACUCCAGUGUCCUCUGUUGCUGGUUGUAGGUGAGGGUGAUCAGAACUGGCCGGCCUACGAGGCUGCAAUGGACAUGAAGGAGAUGAUGGAGCGGGCUGGGAACAGCCACCUGCUGACCAUCCUGUCGUACCCGAACGCUGGUCACCUGAUCGAGCCACCGUUCACGCCGCACUCCAGAACCAGCCUCUACAGAGCGGCUACCACAGGGAAGAAGAUAAUAAUUCUGUGGGGUGGAGAGAUGGUGGCGCACUCUCGUGCUCAGGAAGACGCCUGGAGGAAGAUGCUGGCCUUCCUGAGGGAGAAUCUGCUCGGGGGCAUAAAACCUGCUGUGACCUCAUUAUCACACCUGUAACACCAAGUCACACUGAACCAUCACUACCAGAACAUUUAUGAAAUAUACAGUGAUGGAAUGAUGUAAGCUGGGUCAGUCAGUUUAAUUAAAGUCAUGCUGAUGGUUUAACAUUAAUGAGUUACAGAUUCUGACCUUCAGAAGGUUUUAAUCCAUCAUAAUCACAUAUACAGUCAUUUGUAUCCCUGCUCUUCAGUUUGUGAUUUCCCUCCUUCGAGCAGACUUUGGUUUCAUUUGUCAACAUCAAAGUUGUGAUCUUGUAAUGUCCUGCCGAGAGCAGAGAAAGUUUUAAGAUCAGUUUCAACCACGAACAACAAAGAUUCUGAUUGAACUCUGCAGCCAGCUGUCAGACCUGAGAGGCCCUGUUCUUUAAAAUAACUUCUCACAUUAACUUUAAUGUAGCAGUGGAUCAAACACGAUGUUGGUGUGUCCAAAACAAAAACUCUCAAACUGACCUUUAGGCUCCUCCUCCACUCGCUGAAAGGAUGCAGCAGUGAGUAGGGUUGGGUACCGAAAGUCGGUGCCUAUAUGGAACCGGUACCUAUCCAACCAAUACCUACCGGACCGAAAGAAAACGCACAUUACGGUGCCUCCUCUCGGUGCUUUUUUCUUUAAUGCUAUGUCUCCCUCUAUUGGACGUUACAUGUAACAGAAUCAUUCAUUCAUUCAUUCAUUCAUUCAUUCGUUCAUUUGUUGAGUGUAUAUUAUUAUUGAAAGGCACGCGAAGCACCGUUGGGCGUCACUUCUGUUUACGUUAAACUAUGUUAUCGAACACAAACGAUACCCAACCCUAGCAGUGAGUCAGCGUGGUCACUGCGGAUCAAAUAAUACAGCCUGUUGAGAAUGAAGCUCUUCCAUGUAUUUCAUUAAUAAACAAUAGAUCCUUUAGAAUACACCAACAAAAAUACUACAAAUAUAUAAAGAAUGCUUUAAAUACACAAAAGACAUGAGAGAAAUUUAUCAAUUUUUAAGCUGGUGGACACAAAGUGAAGCAGUUUGUUUUCUUAUGAUGGUUCUGAUUGUUUUAAUGUCAUAAAUGUAGGAGGGACACCCCUUCUGAACUCUACCAAAACCUAAAGUAAAGGAACAGGGGUGAGGUGGGUCACUCUGAGGUCAAAUGUUUAUUGCUUUGGUCGUUUCACCUCAUUCCUAAGGAACUCUUUCACCAUCAUCCUGGUGUCAAGGGUGGUAAAGGUAUCAAUUGGAAAUACUCCAGAUUUAAGUUUUGAUUAACAUCCUGGAAAAAUCCAGGGUUGUUGACAACACUGCCAGACCCAGGGUCAUUAACUAUGCGUUUAAGUUCACCACAUCCUCUCCCCUUUUUGUCACAUCCAUGGGAACGGCCCAGCUAUACCCCGGAUCCCACACGGGUGAAGAUAAGAAAACCAGAUGUGGGGGUCAUGAAUUCAGUAUGCAUUCCUGAGCAGAGACUAAUUUCUCUUGGAACCAACUUGAAAUGUCUCUUAAAAGUAAAACUAUACAUUUUAUCCAUCUUCUGACAUUGUAACUGUGCAUAAUCCUCGUUUGUUAGUUGAAUGAUUUUUUUUCUCAAUCUCAUGUGUUUAAUCCCUCAUUCAACAUGGAGUCAUACUGCCAUCUUGUGACGAUAGUUAAGAAGGGUUCCCGUAAUUAAUAUGUGCUUUCUCAUUUAGUAUGUUGAUGCAAUUGCAGACUAGUUUGUAGUGUUUGUGCACGAAACAUUUAUACUUGUGUUCCGCUGAUAUAUGCAUUAUAAUAAUCAUAUUAAAUUUAAUUUGAUGUUGAGAGCCGAUUUUGACCAUAAUGGGAAGAGUAUGUGUCAGUCGCGUGCAACAUGUUAAAGUAUUUAAUCUCACAAAAUAAAGUUUCAUUAAAGCUCAUUAAGUUUCCUCCGAAAUAAAGUAAUGUCUAAACUAUGAGACCCGCCUUGCCUCGAACACGACACC